AUGGAGGAGGACGCGGGAGCCGCCGGCGCGGCGCCCGAGCCCGAAGCCGAGCCCGCGCCGGAGGCUGAGGCGGGCGCUGGUCUGUCCGAGGCGUUCUCCCGGCUCUGGACCGACGUGAUGGGCAUCCUGGACGGCUCCCUGGGAAACAUCGAUGACCUGGCUCAACAGUAUGCAGAUUAUUACAAUACGUGUUUCUCCGACGUGUGCGAGAGGAUGGAGGAGCUGCGGAAACGGCGGGUUUCCCAGGACCUGGAUGUGGAGAAACCCGAAGCCAGCCCAACGUCACUUCAGCUGCGGUCCCAGAUCGAAGAGUCACUGGGCUUCAGUAGCACCGUGUCAACACCAGAAGUGGAAAGAAAGAAUCCUCUUCAUAAGUCACACUCGGAAGACAGCUCUGUAGGAAAAGGAGAUUGGAAGAAGAAAAAUAAGUAUUUCUGGCAGAACUUCCGAAAGAAUCAGAAAGGAAUAAUGAGACAGACUUCAAAAGGAGAAGAUGUGGGUUAUGUUGCAAGCGAGAUAACGAUGAGUGAUGAGGAACGGAUUCAGCUGAUGAUGAUGGUCAAGGAAAAGAUGAUCAGCAUUGAAGAAGCACUUGCUAGGCUCAAGGAGUAUGAGGCCCAGCACCGGCAGUCAGCUGCUUUGGACCCUGCUGACUGGCCAGACGGUUCUUACCCACCAUUCGAUGGCUCAUCAAACUGCAAUUCAAGAGAACAGUCGGAUGAUGAGACUGAAGAGUCGGUGAAGUUUAAGAGGUUACACAAGCUGGUAAACUCCACUCGCAGAGUGAGAAAGAAACUAAUCAGGGUGGAAGAAAUGAAAAAGCCCAGCACUGAAGGCGGGGAGGAACAGGUGUUUGAGAAUUCCCCGGUCCCGGAUGAAAGGUCCGCCCUGUACUCUGGAGUGCACAAGAAGCCAUUUUUCUUUGAUGCCUCUCCUGAGAAACCUCCAGAAGAUGAUUCAGACUCUCUCACCACUUCUCCAUCAUCCAGCAGCCUGGACACCUGGGGUGCCGGCCGGAAGCUGGUCAAAACCUUCAGCAAAGGAGAGAGCCGGGGCCUGAUCAAGCCCCCCAAGAAGAUGGGGACUUUCUUCUCCUACCCAGAAGACGACAAGGCCCAGAAGGUGUCCCGCUCCCUCACCGAGGGGGAGAUGAAGAAGGGUCUCGGGUCCCUGAGCCACGGGAGAACCUGCAGUUUUGGAGGAUUUGACUUGACAAAUCGUUCUCUGCACAUUGGCAGUAAUAAUUCUGACCCAUUGGGUAAAGAAGGAGAUUUUGUGUAUAAAGAAGUAAUCAAAUCACCUACCGCUUCCCGAAUCUCUCUUGGAAAAAAGGUGAAAUCAGUGAAAGAGACAAUGAGGAAGAGAAUGUCUAAAAAAUACAGCAGCUCUGUCUCUGAGCAGGAUUCAGGCCUUGAUGGAAUGCCGGGCUCCCCUUCAUCCUCUCAGCCUGACAGCGAACACAUGGACAAGCCCAAGCUCAAAGCCGGAGGUUCUGUGGAGAGUCUGCGGAGUUCUCUGAGCGGUCAGAGCUCAAUGAGUGGUCAAACAGUGAGCACCACCGAUUCCUCGACCAGCAACAGGGAGAGUGUUAAGUCGGAAGACGGUGAUGACGAGGAGCCCCCGUACCGGGGCCCGUUCUGUGGGCGCGCCAGGGUGCACACCGACUUCACGCCCAGCCCCUAUGACACAGACUCACUCAAGCUCAAGAAAGGAGACAUCAUUGAUAUAAUCAGCAAACCCCCCAUGGGCACCUGGAUGGGCCUGCUGAACAACAAGGUGGGCACAUUCAAAUUCAUCUACGUGGACGUGCUCAACGAGGAAGAGGAGAAGCCCAAGCGCCCCACCAGGAGGAGGAGGAAAGGAAGACCCCCCCAGCCCAAGUCGGUGGAGGAUCUCCUGGAUCGCAUCAACCUCAAAGAGCACAUGCCCACUUUCCUGUUCAAUGGAUAUGAAGACUUGGACACCUUUAAGCUCCUGGAGGAGGAAGAUUUGGACGAGUUAAAUAUCCGGGACCCAGAGCACAGAGCUGUUCUCUUGACAGCCGUGGAGCUGUUACAGGAAUAUGACAGUAACAGCGACCAGUCCGGAUCCCAGGAGAAGCUGCUUGUUGACAGCCAGGGCUUGAGUGGAUGCUCUCCACGAGACUCAGGAUGCUAUGAAAGCAGUGAGAACUUGGAAAAUGGCAAGUCUCGGAAAACCAGCCCCUCUGCUAAAUCUUCCGCUGAGUCCAGCGUGAAGUCUUUCAACAGGAAUCAGCUGGGCAGCUACCCAACCUUGCCUCUAACGAAGCCAGUAGACGCGCUGAAGCCGGGAGGGGAGGGGAGGCUGGGCAGUGGUCUCACCCCUCACACCUCGAAGCACUGUGAUCCGCCGUGUGUGACUGACUUGAAUAAAAACCGAAGGAGCCUCCCCGUUUCCAUCUGCCGGAGCUGUGAGACCCUGGAGGGCCCCCAGACCGUGGAGACUUGGCCCCGAUCCCACUCCCUGGACGACCUUCAAGGAGAACCUGAAAAAGAUGUGCCUGGUGAGGUGACAGAACCUUCCCCUCAGAUUGUACCCAAAGUGCCACAAAAGACAGCGCCCUCCAUCACAAAGGUUCAAAGCCCCAAACUAGAUUCUGCUGUUGACAAUGCACUGCUACUGACCCAAAGCAAGAGAUUUUCUGAACCUCAGAAAACGACUACUAAGAAACUGGAUGGCCCGAUGGCUGCCUUUUCACAUGGCACAUCCCCUCCUCCGUGUUUACCCAAAACCUAUGACGCCCAACCGCCCGCCGUUAAACACGGUUUAACAAGGACGCCUCUUGAGGGUCACAGGAAAGGACUCGAUUUCGAAGGGACACAUCACCCCCCGGGCACCAAAGAAGGUGUGGAUGCUGAGCAGAGGGGCCCCGAGGCCAGAACGCAGGCCAGACCUCCCGCCCAGCCUCCCCCGGUCCCCGCCAAGAAGAGCAGGGAGCGCCUCGCCAACGGGCUGCCUCCUGUCCCUCCUGGCCCCCCUGGCCCCCCUGGCCCCGAUGUACCCAGCCUGCCCCUUAAAAAGGGCAGCCCCGGCGGCCCCAGCGACUGUCCCCCGCCGCCAGCGGCCAGGCCUCCCCCAGGGCCGGAGCCGGGCAGCCCGCCGAGCACCAGGCCUCCACCCUGGCUGUCAGAGCUGCCUGAGAGUGCCAGCCUCCAGGAGCACGGCGUGCGGCUUGGCCCUGCCCUGGCCAGGAAGGUCUCCUGCACCCGCGGGGUGGACCUAGAGAUGCUCACCGAGAAAAAGCUGCGGGCCGAAGGCAUCGAUCUCACCGAGGAGCCCUAUUCCGAUAAGCACGGCCGCUGUGGGAUUCCUGAGGCCCUGGUACAGAGAUAUGCGGAAGACUUAGAUCAGCCCGAGAGGGACAUUGCCACCAACAUGGACCAGAUCCGCGUGAAGCUGCUUCGGAAGCAGCACCGCAUGGCGAUCCCAAGCGGUGGACUCACAGAAAUCUGUAGGAAGCCCCUAUCUCCCGGAUGCGUUUCAUCCGUGUCGGAUUGGCUGGUUUCCAUCGGUCUGCCCAUGUACGCCAGUGCCCUCACUGAAGCGGGCUUCAGCACGCUGGGCCAAGUGCCUUCUCUGUCCCACACUUGCCUUCAGGAGGCUGGCAUCACAGAGGAGAGACACAUAAGUAAGCUCGUGUCCGCCGCCAGACUCUUCAAACUGCCACCAGGCCCCGAGGCCAUGUAG